UCAAUAUUCACUUAAAUAAUUGUCUGUUUGUUUAACAUUUCAGAAGUUGGUAAAAAAGGAAAUAUUAUGGAAACAGGUAGAAUUCGUGCAUCAUUUAUUUCUUCAACAUUGGCAGUCAUGUUGAUUUUGGUACUCCAAACAUACUUCAGGGAUCGUCUUCUAUUUGGAACAUCAGUCGUGUUAACGUCGCAAUAUUCCGUGCACGUGCGUGGACAUUCUCAAACAGCGGUAAUUAAUGACAUGGAACAUUCAGGAAAUGAAACUGUAACAAGUAUUGUAAAAAAGUCUAUAAAUGAAUUCAAUAGUCAAAUAUCGAAGUAUAAUGCAAGCGCCAAUGCUUCUCAUGCAAAAGAACUUCACUAUAUACCUAAGCAAAGAAAGCUGCGAAUAGCGCUUUACCAUGUGCAUCAUGGAAUGAUAAAGGGUCACAUGAGAAGUUUAAAUAUGUCAAAUUGUUUCCAUUAUCAAAACUGUGAAGUUGUAUAUAUCACAGCUUUCACUUCAGAAAUACUAGAUGCAGACGCUGUACUUAUUCAAGGAAACAAUGUACCAGGACAGCUCCCGAAACAUAGAGAUGUAGACCAAGUUUUCUUAUUUGUAACCAUAGAAUCGCCGGUAUAUCUGCGUUACACUAACGUUGGUAACAAAAGAUUCCAUAAUUAUUUUAACUGGACCAUGACUUAUAGAAUGGACUCUGAUAUUCCAUACGUUUAUGGUUCUGUUAUUCCAAAUAAAACAAACAAAGAAAAUGUCAUUCAGAGUAUAGAAAUUAACAAUAAUUUCAGAAAUAUAGAUAUCAAUACGUCUUUCGGCGAGACGGUAUUCAGUAAUUAUACCGGCGGCGUUAAUAAGAACUAUAGUGAUAUAUUCCGCCAGAAGACAGAAACUGCACUUUGGUUUGUAAGCCAUUGUAGCACAUCGAGCAAACGUGAGGUGUAUGCCAGUGAAUUAGCUAAGUACACAAAUGUUACUAAACUCGGAAGGUGUAACAUGAACAGGUCGUCUUCAUGUCCACAACGGAGCAAUUGUGACACUGUUUUGGCUAAGAAAUACAAAUUCUACUUAGCAUUCGAAAAUUCCUUAUGCAUUGACUACAUAACGGAAAAAGCCUUUCUAUGGUUCACAAGAGAUAUUGUUAUUGUUGUUCGAGGUGCUAUUCAUUAUGAAAAAUAUCUUCCUAAAGGCACAUUUAUAGAUACACAUGCAUUUAAAUCAGCAAAAGAACUUGCACAACAUCUGAACAAAGUGGGUGCAAACGAAGAAGAGUAUACUAAAAUUCUAAAGCUGAAGGAUCAUUAUACUGUCAUAAAAGAACGAGAACACGCUCAAAUAUCGUAUUGUAACUUGUGUUAUAAAUUAAACAAUCUCAAAAAUUAUCGAAAAUCCAUCGAAAAUGUGGAUGAUUGGUGGACUAAAAAUGCGUGUGACAUAAGAUAACCAUAUCAAAGUUUGUACUUACUUUUGGCAAAACCUCAAUCCGACAUAUACUAAAGUCUGUUAUUAUACCAGCGCUCAAACACUGCAUUGAGUCACAGCUAUUUCUAAUCCCGUACCGUACCCGUACCGUACAUUCGUAAACUAUAGGUUUUGUUAAAAAAGGGCGGAAACUUUCAUCGUUCUAUGCCAUCAAAAUGCUUCAGAAACACCUUGAUAUCCGCUUAUUAAGAAAUCUGCCGUUUGAUAAUUUUAUAUAUAUAUUUCUAAGUCAUUUGCUCAAACACUAAAAGAGUAUUUCGUACCAACCUGCGUUGUAUAAAUGCCCGCCACACCCCACCUCGUUGUAAUUUGAUUUAAGCGAAAUCUAAUAUGGUGACCUAUCAAUUUUCUUUUUGUUUUAGAUUAGGUAGGCAUAACCAUAAGUAUGUGCAGAGUUUGAUUAAAUUCUAUUAUGUGAAACUUGAUAAAAUAGCAGAAGUACCAACUUAAAACUGACAAAAAUAUGCAAAAAUAGCCCUUGGGUCUGCUGAACAAGUAUUCCUUUCUUUACAAAAUCAUGUUCUUUUGAUUUCUCUGACUAUGUUUCAAAAUGAUAUAUUGUUUUUUGUUAUAAAACUGCUUAGAUAAUCAAAUUUAUGCAGAUUAUUGUACUUUACUGAAAUAUAUUUUAGGAUUACAGAAAUUUUGAAAAAUGUUUAAAAUAGCACCAUAUCUAGGGGCGAAUUAAAUUGAAACAAAGCUGG